GCCGAAUCGAGGAAAGGGAGAAUACUCCUUGGCAUGAAAUUAAGGAAAUAUUUUAGUAAACAAAACGUUCGAAAGGGUGACGAGGGGUUGGGAAAAUAAAGCCAUCCCAGUGUCAACAUACAGACUGACCAAUCGAGGAAGCACCUGCUGGAUUAAUUGGAUUAAAUAUGGCAAUUACAUGUGUAUCUAAUGUUAAGUGUAUACACAUGGAUUAACACCCAUAACAGUGAUGGAUUUAUAAGUGUAACAUUACUAUAACUGGUGACAACUGCAAGAUUGCAAAUAUGCAAAGCUUUUAUAAUAUUAUUAUAGAUCCAAAUGAUAUUGAAAAAGACAUUCUAUAGUUCGGAAUGGCAUAAGUGUGGAAUUAGAGUUUAAAUGUGAGUGCAUAUAUAGUAAAUAGAAUAGAAAGAAAGGUGAAUAAAGACCGAUGACAUACGAGCCUUGCCAUUGAUUAUGACUUAUGCACCCUUCGUGGUUGACCAAGGAUCGGUGGAAACUUAUUGUUAACUUUUGGCAAGUGAUCACCAACACAAUAAAUGGGACCUAUCAUAUUGGAUAAGAUUUAAUAUCAGAGCUCGGCAGAAGGAUUAAAUCAAAUUAAGAGCUAUUGGUUUUCAAUACAAGUUAUGUAGUGGUCGCACCAAUUUCCCUAUCUGCCUUCAUCUACUUAGUGUUCAAAAAUGAACUUGUGCAUUAUCUAACACCUUAGACAAUAUUUUGAUUUAAAAGCAGAAACCCAUUAACUUAUAUAAAUACACUUUGGAGUGAGCUGGUCUUUUGAUAGAUCUUAUUACAUAUGCCUUUUAUUAUGAGAAAUUUAAAUAGCCCAAUUACAUAGUACAGUGAUAUUCAGUCCAUGACCAUUGACAGAGUAUGUAUAUUCUCCUGUUAUAUCAAGGUAUUCUUAAAUUGCAUAAUUAGUGUUAUACAGAUGAGCUAAUACUUUCCCAUGAUUGCAGUUGUCAUUAUCUAUUUGAAUGCUAAAACAAGAAUGAAAAUGAAAACAUAAACAAUGGCUGACUCUGAUAAUGAAGAUGAGAAGUUUGUUAAGAAUGUCAUACAUGAGCUGUCAGCCUUUGAGAAGGCAGAACCCAUCAAGAAGGAAGGACCAAACACUCCGGAGGAGGAUCAUCAAGAGUCCCAGGUUGGGGCCCAGCAGGGUGACAAUCUGUCUCUUAGCCAGGAGAUGGCCGAUUGUAUGAGCACUGGGCCAGAUGGGACUCAGACUGAGAAAGAUAGUCCAGAGAGAGGCAGGCAGGCCAGCAGGAUCAUUCGUCUGUCCCGGCCUGUGAACCCUUACACUCAAGCCACAAACAAAACAUCCACUGUUGACAAUAGCCCUCAGCCAACCAGCACUGCUCCUGGCACAGCUACAAGCAUGGCCAGUACAUCUGCCCCAGGGAGUCGACUGGCUGCUCUCCAGAGACCUGGUAGCCCUAUGCAUCGCAUCCUGGCUAGGGCCCAGAGCCCAGCUUUGGCAGCCGCAGCUGCUCGUAUGAACAGACAAGCUACUGAAGGAGCUCAGCAGACUGGCAACUCUGCUCAAAGUGAUAACACCAACAGUGCCAGUAGUGAGCAACAGAAUGGUAACCACAAAGAUAAGGAUAGUGAAAAUGGCUCAAAAGAAGCACACAAAACAAUCAUGCCACCACGUAUUCAAAGUUCUAGGUUGUCAAGUUCUAUAUUGUUACGCAGGCCACAAAGUCCAUUAAACACUAAUAGACAAACUCCACUGUCAAUCACUAAGCCAUCAAUAAUGAGUCAAAGCUUCGACAGUCUUGGGCCAAGGAGUCCAGCCUCGGAGGAUCAGUCAUGCCCAAAUGAAUCAGCUGGGAGCCAAGAUGAAAGCAGUGCUGCUGACAGGGUAAAACUCAGACAUCAGCUGCGAAAUAACAGCUUUAGAUUGAAAGAACUUUUAACUAAGCCUUUCGUCCGAUCCAAGGAUAGAAGUGUAGAAAACAGUGAUAACUCAAAUUUAAGCAAUAAUCAGACUGGUUCACAAGUGGAAAAUAUAACUGACUUGCCAUUGAUGCAAACUAUGGGAGACAGUCCAGACCGGACGCGGUGGAGACGAGAGGGCAUCUUCCUCAUUGAGCUGGUUUAUUAG